AUGGACCAAAUUACGUUGGGAGGGCAGGUUAAAAGAUAUCUCGGUCUAGGAAAUAUCCCAUGGAACAGAGCAGGCAAAUUCUUCAUGCAUUUUACAAAAGCUACGAGGUUCUGCGGACUGGGAUUUCUUGUUUUGAUGGAGUUGUUGAAUGUCACUUAUAAUGCGAGCUGUACAGACGGAAAGGUAUCGGUGCAAUCAGCUCCCACAUCAAGACCAAGAAAGGAGAUUGAGAUCAGGCAUGAUCAUGACGAGUCGGCGGAAGUCUCAUCACUUAAACGGAAAGCAGGGCAUAAAAUCAUGGAAGUCACUGUAAUCACAUCGAUUCCCUCGACAUCCACGCAAACUUCGACCAGCUCAUUGAUAACAGCGCCACCUUCAUUGUUCAACCGAAUUGCCCUUGCAGAACCCCAGGCCGGGUUCGACUGCAAUUCUCAGAUCGAUCAGUUCAAAUCACAAGCUUCGCAGCAGAAUUCUCAACAGCUAUCCCAAGCAACACAACAGUUUUCGCAACAGGUUUCGCAAAUAUCACAGAAAGCUUCACAAUCUGUUAGCCAAGCUCUCGCUGCCCAAACCUCUGCUCAGAUUGCCCAGUCUUCAGCACAGGCGGCUCAUUCCUCGGCCCAAGCUGCUGCCGACGUAGCCAAUUCUUCUUUAUCUUCAAUUAAAAUGUCGGCAUCAUUAGCAGUGGCUGCGGCAUCAGCAAGCGCUUCUAGUGCCGCUAUGAGCGCUUCUGCAUUCAUUUCUUCGGCUCUUUUAUCGGCCAGCUCUUCUGUAUCCAGGGCAAUUUCUUCAGCGGAUGCUUCUGCUAGUGAUGCCAGGGCUACUGCCACAUUUGCGAUUGCACAAGCCCAAGCUACAAUCUCAUUAACUAAUUCACAAGCUUCGGCAUCAGUACGAUCAUCACAAGUCCAAGCCAUCACAGCAACACAAGCUGCAAUCGCAAUUGUGGGCUCCAUAAUCGGCUCCUCACUUUUAUCCAUCCUCUUGUAUUUCCUCCUAUCCAGAUAUAGAAAACGUAAACAGAACGAAAUAGAAAACAACGAUUUUCCUUUUAAGAAUUACAAAGAACCAUCGAGUCUUCCAAUCUCAGAACGGAAGCCUAUAAGAAUAUCAUACAUAAUACCGACUCCUCCUCCUGAUGCCCAAUUCCCGGAAGGAGGUCCUUUCAGUCGGGAUAAAUUCUGGUCAAUGCAAAUAUCGAAACCGUUGAAGAAUGCGGAUGAGAGGUCAAUGGAUGUUCCGUUGGCUUUUGCAGGUGAGCCAGAACAAUCAGUUUCGGAAUCGACUCCGAGACCCAGUCUCGGGGGUGCGAAGAGGGCAUUGGUUUAUGAUGCGGAUUUUCCGGAUCAACCACCGAAGUUUGACGAUGGAGAAGAACUGGGUGAUUUCGGGGAUGGGGAGAAGAAAGGAAGGUUGAUAGGGCUGGGUGGAGGGGGCAAGAAGGCUUCGAUUGGGAAGGCUAUUUGA